AUGUCUACCGCCACCACAAUGACAGAGGCUGUACCCUGCCCUACUCCUGCCCUCAAGGCCAUCAAGAAUGGGUUUGGUGCCGAAAUUACAGGGCUCGAUUUUACAGAUGGCGUCACUGAUGAAGCGUUUCGCUUUAUAGAGGCCGCAGUGAAGAAGUAUGGCUUUGCCGUUGUCCGUGAGACAAACCUGGUUGACGAGACCCACCUGGAGCUUGCUAGAAAGUUUGGCGAACUUGACGAUGUAACCCCCUACAGUAACGCGGGUCGUGUCCACCGCCUCAAGUACAACGAGCUAUUUGAUGUCGGCAACAUAGAUAUCGACGGCUCCAUUGUCGAUCUGAGAAGCCCUCGCGGCGAGGCAAACAAGGGUAACUCUCUCUUCCACACCGACUCAAGCUUUAACCCUCGUCGAGCCGGAUACUCUCUCCUACUCGCUCACGAGCUACCUCCGCCCGGCACUGGUGGAUCUACCGCCUUUGCCGACAUGAGAGGCGCCUACCGUGAUCUAGACCAUGAAUUUAGAGAGUUCUUGCAAGAGAACCGCUUCAUCGCCCGUCACUCCAUUCUGCACUCCAAAAAGACGGCUGCUCCGGAAGGCUUCAAGGAUAUUGAACCUACAGACCACUUUAUGGCCCGCCACCUGCUGCUACAGGUGCACGAGCGCACUGGAAUCCCCACUAUUUAUCUCGCCAAACACAUUCACUCAUUGGAAGGAGUCUCACCCCAGGAGUCCCAGAGUAUCCUCGACAGGCUGUUUGAGCACUCGACUCAAGACAAGUAUGUAAUUGAGGUAGAGUGGAAAAAUGUGGGUGACAUGAUCGUCUGGGACAAUACGUGUACAAUGCACCGUGCCAUCAGUGGCGAGUUCGUGACCAAGUACCGGAGGGAUAUGAGGCGUGCUACCGUACACGACGACAGUAGCCUAGCAUGGGGAUUGAACCCCAAGAGCGAUCAGCGCAUGGGCCUGCCUUGAAGGCUCAUCUAGUACCUAAUGCAUUAUGCUCGCUGGUGCUACAACGAAAGCAACACCCAAUAUACUUAGUGCUAGCAUUUAGAGGCAUCAUUCAUUGUCCAACAACAUC